AUGAGCAGCUCACUAAGCGAUAAGAAUGCACUCGUACUGGAAUUAGGAGCACGAUAUGCCCGAUGUGGUCUCUCUGGAGAGCGUGCACCUCGAUGUGUAAAGCGUUGGCAGGUGGGGGACCUGUUACAGACACCAUUGAGCGCCAGUGAAUGGCACGAGUUUUUGUGUUCAAAGCUGCAUACAUUGUGCUAUGAUUUGCUACUCGUGAAUCCGACACGUCGACGUUUUGUCGUGUGUGAAGAUCUACUGCUGCCUCGAGUGUUUCGAGAAAUGCUACUACGUGUUCUCUUUGAUGUGUUCAAUGCGUCUGCAGUGACACUGGUGCCGUCGAUGUUGGCAGUGCUGUACGCUACGGCCAAUCAUACAGCAUUGGUGGUAGAUUGCGGCUGGGCGGAGACGCGACUAUUGCCGGUGUUCAAGGGCAUUCCUCUUCCUUACUUUUAUGAGACUGUACCGGUUGGAAGUCGAAACUGCUGUGAAGUUAUUCAACGUGAGCUGAAUAGUUCGUGUGAUCAGCGGAUGGACACGUCCAAGCUUGUUAAUCCAGUGACAGAUAUCGUAGCAGAGGACAUUCUUGAGCGGGCGUGCUUUGCCCAACAAAAGGAUCCUUUGCCAAACGUUGUUGAUGCCGAGUUCCAAACACAAGGCAACGACGUGCUACAGGUUCCUGGAUUCUUGCGAACAAGUGUUGUGGAACAGCUCCUUUCGGGUGAUGAAGGCAGGGAUGGGACCUCCAUUGUUGAUGGGAUUGUUCAGGUCUUGAGAAAGGCCCCUCUUGACGUUAGAGCGGCCAUGCUGGAGAACCUGCUUUUGGUUGGAGGAACCGCUAUGAUACCUGGGUUGGCCCAGCGCGUGGUGGCCGAAGCGGGUCAAUUUAUGCUGCCACUGAAGGCGCACGUGUCUCGACAAUUUCAUCGCAAGAAUACAGCAGAUCCAAAGGAACCAGUAUCCCCGAUUGGCUUACGGUGGCUCAAGAUGGCUUCUAGGAGUUUCAACACAAAGUCAAGUAGGAGCAUUCCUUGCUGUUCACACUUCUGCAUGUUUCCGAGCUCAGUCCAUGAAGCUGUCAUGCCAAGACCAGGUGUUGUCGUCAGCUUGGUGCUGCGCUACUAG